UGCAAAGCCAGGUUCCAAGCAAAUCAACCAUCAUCAUCCAAGAUAAUGGCAUCUUCCUACACGGUCAUCUUUGCACUUGCACUUUUAGUUGAGUUGACUACUCGCUCAACAACAGCUUUGCCCAAAAUUAAGAUGGACGAAGAACGUACAGACCAAGACGGAGUGGUGUCGAUAGCAGGAGAAGACGGCGACAGCGAAAUGGGACCUGGGCAGCUCACCUUCAGAAGACCCCACAUCAUAGAAGGCAGACUGGUGGACGAAGACGGGACAAAACGCAUCUUCAUACUUGCCCAGGACACAGGAGUAAAAGGGUCUCUUGGGAGGGAAGCAAACCUUGCCUAUUCAAGAGCCUUCCCUGUGCUGCCGCCACGUGGGAUGGACCAUGCUCUGGAUGGUUUCAACAUGAGGGAUGAGCGACGUAGCACAGAUGAUGUCAUUCCCAUGGGUAGGAGAGAUAUAGACAUGCUGAGGUGCAUGAUAGGAAGAGUAUACAGGCCCUGCUGGCAAGCUUGAAAACGGAGCAGCUGACAAAGCACCUGCAUGAUUUUCUCAGCUCUCAGCUGAUCCUUCAAGAUACUCCAAAUAUAUAAAUAUGACAAACAUACUUG